AUGGAUUUCAUCACUGAGUAUACCGACGAAGAACGGACUAAAAUUGACCGAGAUUUCUUACGCCUUAACGAUAAAUGUUAUCUGGAUCAUGCGGGCACGGCACUGUACGGUGGGUCACAGCUACGUGCCGUUCAGGAGUUGCUCGCCGGUGGAUUGUACUGCAACCCACACACCAGCCGCACGAUGGAGGACCUAAUCGAUCUGGUACGGUAUCGCGUGUUGCAGUGGUUUAAUACACGACCGUCAGAGUACGGGCUGGUGUUUACAUCCGGCACGACCGCUAGCCUUAAGCUGGUCGGUGAGUCGUUUUGUUUCGGAGAACCGGACACGGUUGGCUCGUUUGUGUAUCUGCGCGACAGCCACACAUCCGUGCUGGGAAUGCGCGAAAUUGUACGUACCGAGCGUAUUCAUCCGAUCGAACGGACUGAGCUAUUGCAGGUGCUCAACGAACCGGCCAGUGUGCAACAGCGCCACCGGCCGUCACUGCUUUUGUUUCCGGCGCAGUGCAACUUUAACGGCGUCAAGUACCCGCUCGAACUGAUCGAGCUCGUGGAAAGGAAUGGAGUGCGGGGGUACGGAGAGGACGCAUUCCACGUGUGCUUGGAUGCGGCCAGUUACGUUUCCACCAGCCCGCUUGAUCUUACCCGUUACCGGCCCAGCUUUGUGUGUGUUUCUUUCUACAAAAUAUUUGGCUAUCCUACCGGGUUGGGUGCAUUGUUGGUGCGUAAGGACGUGGAGCAAACGCUACUCCCAGGUAAACGGUACUACGGUGGCGGCACGGUUAAGAUAGCGAUGAGCGGUUCGAACGCAUUUCAUGAAAAGCGUGACACGCUAGCAGAACGGUUUGAGGAUGGUACGAUCAACUUCCUCUCCAUUGCCGCCCUGUUGCCUUGUAUGGACGCACUCGUACGGCUCGUACCGGGCGCAACGAUGGAACGCAUCCAGCGCCACACGUUCCAGCUCGCACGCUACUGCUUCCGUGAGUUGCAAGCACUCCAGCACGCCAACGGUGGGCGUGUGGUGGAGCUGUACCACGACACCGCCUUUGGGGAUUCCCUUUCCCAGGGUGCCAUCGUGAACUUCAACGUACUGAACGAUGAUGGUGGUUACGUCGGGUUCGCUGAGGUUGCUUGUAUGGCCGCAAACCACGGUAUCUAUCUGCGCACCGGGUGCUUCUGCAAUCCAGGCGCAUGUCAACGUCAUCUACGGCUUGCAGAUACCGAUCUCUUGCGACAUUACCAGGCCGGGCAUGUGUGUGGUGAUGCGAACGAUCUCAUCAACGGACAACCGACCGGAUCCGUGCGCGUUUCAUUCGGGUAUUGUACGCGGCUGGCUGAUAUCGACCGGUUAGUGGCCAUGAUACGACGUUGUUACGUUCGACGUUCGCUUACUGGACCGUUGGUCGGGGGUGGAUUGUCCCGAGAAGAAAUUCUUGCCCAGUAUAAAAGCUACGAUAGGCCCCGGCUGGUGCAGAUUUGCCUUUAUCCGGUGAAAUCUUGUGGACCACAUCGUGUAACCGAAGGAGGUUGGCGAUUGGCUGCGACCGGUUUGCGCUACGAUCGUACGUUCCUCAUCGUGGACGAGCAUGGUGUCGCGAUGACGCAGAAAAAGCUGCCCGAAAUGUGUCGUAUCAGGCCAACGAUUGAACAUCCCCGUAUGACACUGCGACACGACGAACUCGAGGACGAGUUGGUAAUUGAGCUGGACGAACCAGUGAACGCGGGCGCAACUCGCUCAGCGGUACAACUCUGCCAGACGAAGGUUUGCCAGGAUAGUGUACAGGGUGUGGAUUGCGGUGAUGGGUGCGCAGAUUGGGUGAGCCGAGCGCUCGGUGUUUCCGGCUUGCGAAUAUUGCGCCAGUCUGCACAGGAAGCUCGCCUGCAGCGACGAACGACGAGAGAACUGUCGCUUAACAAUCAAGCCCAACUGUUGCUUGUCAAUCGAACGUCCGUACGGUGGUUGCGUGACAAGGUAGACGACUGGGACGGGGCAGAGAUGCCUUCGCUCGAUUCGCUUGUCGAUCGGUUUCGGGGCAAUUUAAUAAUCGAAACCGCACGUCCACUGGAGGAAUCAGAUUGGCACCGGGUACGAAUAGGGCAUAGUGGAUUUACCGUUGACGGACCUUGUACGCGAUGUCAGAUGAUCUGCAUUGAUCAGUCGAGCGGCGAACGUACAGCCGAACCAUUGCGAACAAUCAGCCGGGAGUUUGGUGGACGGAUGCGAUUUGGUGUGUAUUUGUCACACGAGCAAGAUGGCGAACCAGCCGAAAAUGGUACAGCUGCCUUUGACAGGGACCUUUCCUGCGGUGCUACGGUUUCGGGUGUAAUCAAAAAUAGUGAAUAG